UUAUGGAAGUUAAACCGAAGUUUUUCUUUAGGACAAUGUAGACUCAAGGUUGCAUUUAAAGUUUAAGUUACAAACAUCAGUUUGUGCGCGUUUCAAAUCGACCUUACAUUUCUAUUCAUGUGAGAAAGUCAAGAGAAGAAGAGGAAAAGUCACCAUUGUUCGAACUGGAUCGUGUAACGCUUCCCAGAUUUCCUGUCCCCGUGUGGAAGACUUACCGAGGGCCGCCGGUGAGGUUGAGGUGCACUGACUCGAAACGCAGCCGCGUGGACUGUCGCUCAGGACUCUGCCGCUGUGCCUCACUCAUGGGGGGGUCGCCUUCCACAGUCAACGCUCAGCAGACGUGACCACUUUGGAUUUCCCCCCGAUGUUAUGCACAUCAAUGGAUACCAGUGGCUCAGUGAUUAGCACGGGAAAUGAGGAGCAGUCCUUUCAUGUCCGCUACAGGAUGGAGGUGUCCUGUCUGGAGCUGGCGUUGGAGGGUGAGCGGCUCUGUAAGGUUGGCGACUACAGAGCGGGCGUCUCUUUCUUUGAAGCCGCCAUCCAGGUGGGCACGGAGGACCUGCAGGUGCUCAGCGCCAUCUACAGCCAGAUAGGCAAUGCCUACUUCCACCUGCACGACUACGCCAAGGCCCUAGAGUUCCACCGGCACGACCUCACCCUGACCAGGACGGUUGGCGACCUGCUCGGAGAAGCCAAAGCCAGUGGGAACCUCGGCAACACGUUGAAGGUGCUGGGGCGCUUUGACGAGGCUGUGGUUUGCUGUCAGAGGCACCUGGACAUCGCCAGAGACAUUAAUGACAAGGUGGGUCAGGCGCGAGCUCUGUAUAACUUCGGGAACGUGUACCAUGCCAAAGGCAAAAGUAUCUGUUGGAGUGGAGCCGAACCUGGAGAUUUCCCAGAGGAGGUCAUGCUGGCCCUGAGGGAGGCAGCGGAGUACUACGAGGCGAACUUGGCCAUAGUGAAGGAGCUUGGGGAUCGCGCCGCUCAGGGUCGGACCUACGGCAACCUCGGCAACACGUACUACUUAUUGGGAAACUUCCGCAAGGCAGUAGCGUCUCACCAACAGCGCCUGCUCAUCGCCAAGGAGUUUGGUGACCGCUCGGCAGAGAGACGCGCCUACUGCAACCUUGGGAACGCCUACAUCUUUUUGGGGGAAUUCGAAGUGGCAGCUGAGCAUUACAAGAGGACGCUGCAGCUGGCGAGGCAGUUGAAGGAUCGAGCCGUGGAGGCUCAGGCCUGCUACAGUCUGGGCAACACCUACACACUCCUGCAGGACUAUGAGAGAGCCAUAGACUACCACCUGAAGCACCUCAUCAUUGCCCAGGACCUCAAUGACAGGAUUGGAGAGGGCCGUGCGUGCUGGAGUCUUGGCAAUGCUUACACUGCACUGGGGAACCAUGACCAAGCCAUGCACUUUGCUGAGAAACACCUGGAGAUCUGCAAAGAGACUGGCGAUAGGGGCGGGGAGCUGACGGCUCGUAUGAAUGUCUCUGAUCUCCAGAUGGUUCUGGGUCUCAGUUAUAGCACAAAUAACUCCACUAUCUCAGAGAAUGAGGCCAUAGACUACAACCUGAAUGGAGCAAGGCCCAGGAUGGGCAGAAGACGCAGCAUGGAGAACCUGGAGCUGAUGAAACUAACUCCAGACAAGAUCAAUGGUCAGAAGUGGAACAGUGACAUUCUGAACAAACAGCCCAAACCCUCCCUGGUCAAGAGCUCCUCCAAGCUGUUCUUCGUCAGCCGUCUGCGUGGGAAGAAGCACAAGGCUGGUGGCUCCAGCAAGGUUCUCCAGGACACCAGCAACACGUUGAACACCAGCCAGACCCCCUCACAGGGGCCGCAGAAGCGACUCAGUCCGGAAAUGCUGGGAGACGAGGGCUUCUUUGAUCUGCUGAGCCGUUUCCAGAGCAACCGUAUGGAUGACCAACGCUGUUCGAUACAGGAUAAGGGCAGCAGGUUGUCCUUAAGCAGCGGUUCAGAGUCGCCUCCCAGGGCCAUCAGGAAAUCGUUAUCAGAAUCCGCCAACGUCUCCGGCGCACAGGGCCGGCGGUUAGAGGACCCGUCUGCGGCGGCGGCGGGGGGGAGCCUCCCCGGCCUCCGGCUCAACCACAACAGCAACCAGGCGGUGCUCAGCCACCUGAUGGCCAACACCGACAACGCCGAGCCCGACGACGACUUCUUCGACAUGCUCGUCAAGUGCCAGGGGUCCCGCUUGGACGACCAGCGCUGCGCCGCGCCGCCCCCGCCAGUCCGAGGGCCGACCGUGCCGGACGAGGACUUCUUCAGCCUCAUCAUGCGCUCCCAGGCCAAGCGGAUGGACGAGCAGCGCGUCACCCUGCCUUCGGCCGCCGCGGCCCGGCCCGCCUCCAACUGAACAAAGCACUUAAAGGGACGACGGGUUUUCGUCUCACGAAGGAGGGGACGGACCAGUGGGCUCACGGGAAAAGCCUUGUGUAUAUUUACAUGUGUCCUUUGGGACAAAACAAAGCACUGUCAGCAUCAUAUGUAGUAUACAGCAUGAAAACGCUAACAUGAACCUGGACAAACUCGGCAGCAUCAGGAACGAACGUUUUUUUAUCCGUUUGUACUCAUUUCACCGUACGUGUAUUUUUCAAUACAUGACUACAGUUAUGUCUGUAUUUAUUGUACUUUUUUAAUGAUUGUGAUUUUGCCGUCCUGCCGCUGAUGUGCUUUCACAAGAGUCUGAGUGUUCAGAGGUACAGAACUUUCCAUGUAUUUUGUUGUUGUUUUUUAGAGGUUGGGGGGUUACGUUCGGUCAGGCGAGAAAAAUUGUAUUUUGAAAAAAACAUUUGAUAAAGGAAUGAAUUAACCUGUGUGCGUGUGCAGCACUUACGCUCUUUGUACUAAAUAUUUCAAUGAUGCAGGAUGAAUAAAGUGUCAUCCAUGUAA